UGCCCCAUUACCCAAGAGAAAAAUCAGAUCUUCAAGGAAAGCCAGCAGGUGGAGCCAUCUAAAUUUCACGGGUUAUGCUGUUCCAGAGGGCAAGUGCUACAACAGAGAAGAGCCUCCUGAGUCUCACGAGAUGACUUUGUUUUAUAGAGAGAAUCCAGACCAUGCUUAACUUUUCGAAUUUUGUGGGUUAGUCAGAAACAAUUGGAAAAAGGCAGUUCCACAAAUAGCCUGGCCCUGGGAUAUGGAGGAUUGUAUAGAUGGAAUUCAGCAGCCUGAAUUGUACUCAGCUUAUUUUAUUCUUCCGAUUCAGGAGACUUCACUGCCUGUUAUUCUCCAGGUAAACCCUUGUAGCCGCUAAAGUGAUCCUACCAAGAGUCUUUCUCAAUCUUAUUUCACUAGGGAUAAAGAUAUAUAGCUGAGAUGAUACUUAAUCCCAUGUUGAUAGACGAUGUCACCCAGCAGUUAAUGUAGAUGUUAAAUAGGAAUGGAGAAAAUAUGGAGCCUUGUAAGACCCUGCAAACCAGAAUCUAGGGCUAGAUCUCUCCUGUCCUGCCACCAUUGAUUGCAAUUGCCCCUGCAGGAAGAAGAACUAUCACAAUGUGUGCCAACCCACUCCCAAAUCCUGGAAUCAGUCCAGAGGAAACCAUGAUUGAGGAUGCUGAAAGCCGCUGGGAGAUUAAGAAAGAUCAGACUGGAUGCUCCUGCCCAUUUUGAUCUGGCCAGAUAUUCAUAAAAUGGCUGGCAUAGAUGGAGAAAGCAUUGGGAACUGUCCAUUCUCACAGCGUCUUUUCAUGAUACUUUGGCUCAAAGGGGUUGUAUUCAAUGUAACCACAGUUGAUCUGAAAAGAAAGCCUGCUGAUUUACAUAAUUUAGCUCCUGGGACCCACCCACCAUUUCUGACUUUUAACGGAGAAGUCAAGACAGAUAUAAACAAGAUUGAGGAAUUUUUGGAGGAAACUCUUUCACCUCCAAAAUAUCCUAAGCUUGCAGCCAAGCAUCGUGAAUCUAAUACUGCAGGCAUAGACAUAUUCUCCAAAUUCUCUGCGUUUAUCAAAAAUACAAAGCAGCAGGACAAUAACAGUCUCGAGAGAGGGUUAACAAAGGCUUUGAAGAAACUGGAUGACUAUCUGAGAAAUCCUUUGCCUGAAGAGAUAGACACAAGCAACACUGAAGAGGAAAGAGUGUCAAAACGCAAGUUUCUUGAUGGGGAGGAGCUGACCCUUGCAGACUGUAACCUCCUGCCCAAGCUUCAUGUUGCCAAGAUUGUAACAAAGAAAUAUCGAAAUUAUGAAUUCCCAGCAGAAAUGACAAGACUGUGGCAAUACCUGAAUAAUGCUUAUGCUCGGGAUGAAUUCAUCAACACUUGUGCUGCAGACAAAGAGAUUGAAAUAGCUUAUGCAGAAGUAGCUAAACGCCUUUGCAAAUCAUAAUCAGAAUCAGCAAGAUCCAUUUCUCCAAAGAGUUCCUGUUUUAUAGAUGCUUCUCCAUGAAUGCCUUCAAAUAUAUAUGUAUGGAAGUUGGAUAACUUUAAUGAAAUUGAUAACUUUUCUGAAUGCAUCUUGACCAAUAUUUCACUGAUGAAAUACUGGGUGAAGACAAUGUGGAAUAGAGAAAGCACAACUCCAAAUUAUUAUGUUUUAUCAUUUAUGAUUUGGCGGGAGUACUUGGAGAGGGGGGGAACCUUCCCUUUUCCUAGAGAAAAUGUAGGACAGCAGAAAACAUUUCUGAAAUCUCUACCAAUAAACUGGGACAAAUGUUA